AUGGCGUUGUUCUGUAAAUUAUGGUGGAAUUUCAGAACUAAGAAAACGUUAUGGAGUGAAUACAUGAGGAAUAAAUAUUAUAGAAACAAGAGUCCUAAUCUUGCUAUGUGGAAAGUUGGAGGAGAAGGUUCCCAAGUUUGGAAGAAAAUGUUGCAAGCAAGAGACCUCAUAGAACACCAAAUAUUGUGGCAAAUUAGAAAGGGAUCAACAUCUUUUUGGCAUGAUAACUGGACUGGACUAGGGGAUUUGUAUACCAAUACUGGAGAAAAUUUUGAAUGGGAUGACAAUUAUAAAAUGGUGGAUCAGGUAGUUCAUCAGGGAGAGUGGGAUGUGCAGACUCUGAUGUCAAUCAUUCCAGCUGAACUGGUUGAAUAUAUCAUCAGCAUUAUCAAACCUCCAAGAGGAAGGAAUGAGGAAGAUAUACCAUGUUGGAUGUUGGAGACUAAAGGGAAUUUCUCAGUCAAAACAGCUUGGAAUUAUAUUAGACAUAAGGAGGAACCUAAUUGA